UUAAUUAUUCAAAAACAGCGAAUUUAUGGUUUAAAACCAACUUUACAAAAACCAAACAAAAAUGACGAAGCGCACUGACGAUCGAUCGGCUCUCGUUCUAUCGGGGGAAAAUGUCAAGUCGUCCCGCGGUGGCUCAGCCGAGAAGAGGAGCUCAGUUGGCGAUCACCUAUCCGAACGAAGUUCCAAAUCGCCUCCCAACUCGGACAAUUCCAGAAAAAACUCCAACCUGAAAGGUCAAAUUUUUUCUGAUGACAAUGAUGGGAGUAAAACAUUGCAAGAAGAGCUGCUACGUCAAGCCGAAGCGCUGGAAGCCGAAGAAAAAGCGAGAAAUGAGAAAAACAAGAACUCGAUUAGACGGAAGAUACAGAAUGUAGUGUUUAAAACUGUGGCGCUGAUUAUAGCAGUAGGCGUUGUGGGACUGUGCGUAGUUUCGGCUGUUUUGUCGAUUAAAAAACUGUUGGACACGAAAGAUAAGCCGACAUCUACUUACUCCCAGAAGUUGCUAGGGGGACCCUAUUUGACACCAGGCCUCAUAUUUCUGGGCGAAGAUAUCUUGCUUCACUCAUGCAGUAUUUUCAACUUCACAUCUCUAAAUGUUGACUCACAUCAGAAUGCGACCGACUGCCCGACUAACUCAUUUCUUCUGGACGAUAAGUCCUCCCUGGACCAAACUACUCUAAACGCACUUCCGAAGUUCCUCCAGGAACUUCAGGAGGUGGUGUCUUUGACCUUGAUCCCAGGACCCAGCGACUGGGAGAAUCGAGAAACGAUUCAAAUACAUGCUUCCAUUCCGAGUUCGAAGGCGGGAAUUUGGGUGAUUUUGCAUUCGGAUUACGAAGAGGUGGCAGCGCAAUUCUCCCUACUCGAAGAAGGAGGUAUCUCGCCCAGUGAGAAGUGGGAGCUGACCUCCUCGCUCAUCCUGGAGAACUCGAUGAACUUUGCCAGUGCCCAGUUCCGCUCCUUCUUCCUCAUGUCAAAGCAGCAGUUCAAGAGCUUCGGAGCACUCGACGCUGUCCGAAUUGACAUGGAGAUCACUUUGAUGGAGCAGAACAAGACAGACUUGGACUCUCUGCUGGGUGGUGGGAGGCCCCCCCAGUCCUAUGUACACAUGGAGGCAUUCUACCAGUGGAAGGACGGAUUCUACAUGGAAGGAGACCAGUUUUUGUCGGUGACUAUUUGGGCCAUAUUCACCAUAAUGGCCUCCGCACUUCUGAUGUUGGAAAGAGGCUACAACACUCUAAAAAGAGUACUCACAUUCAAGAUCUCAGACGGACCGAGUAAGAAGCAACAGCAACAGCAGAUAGAAGACCAACUGCACAAGGAAGAGGAGGAGUUGAAUGAACGACAACGUGCAUUCGACGAAGCCAAUGCAGCCGACUCCCGACCCUCGACUGCCCAUUCCGAGUUGGGUCUAACAGACGCCGAGCUCGACUUCGGAGAGGACGAGGGCAAGGACGGCUACGAGGAAGUCGACUUCGAUAUAUUCAAAGCAGAUAAUAAAUGAAUGAGAUUGAAAAACGGCAAUAAAUUAAUAAAUUUACUAUAUGGCAUGACGAUUAUGAUUAAUAAACCGUGUUUCGAUUUGUUC